AUGUCGUUGAAGGAGCUUAAGGCGACCUUUGAGGCCAACAAGCGCAUCUACGAGAGCGUGCUGCUCACUUUUAAAGGUGUUGAGGGUUAUGACGUGUACAACUGCUCCGUCCCCUUCUUCUACGGGGGAAAGCUGCACAUCUACGGCCGCAUCGAGAAGCGCGAGAUUUGGGCCGCGUCGCAUGUGCGCCUCUUCGAGGAGACGGGCAAGGAUGAGUUUACGGUGGUACCGGAGCUUAGCUGGGAGCUGGAGGACCCAUACGUCCAAAAUGUGAAUGGUGAGAUGAUCUUCGGCGGCACUCAUGUCCGCAAGAACGGCAACUGUAUCCUCAGCUACUACGGCUACUUCUACCGCGGCACGCCUGUGGACUUGAGCUACUUCACAGCAGGACCUGACUACAUGAAGGACAUUCGCGUGGUUUCACUUCAAGAUGGCCGUAUCGGGGUCUUCUCGCGUGUUCGAACAAAGAUAGAGGUGUAUGUUGGAUUCGCCGCGGUCGACACCAUCAACGACCUAACUACAGCGGUGAUCGCGUCGGCGAAGGCUAUCAAUUUCAUUAAACCAGGGUCGUGGGGCGGGGUCAACCAGGCGUACUUGCUAUCGAGCGGUAAAAUUGGCUGCAUUGGCCACUCUGCAUACAACGACGCAAAGAUAUCUGGGGAGCCGCUCAUGGUAUAUGUCAAUAUCUCCUUCGUGUUCGACGCCAAUACACGCCAACUGGAGAUGGAGCAGGUGAUCGGAACAAAGUCUUGCUAUCCUACUUGCCCGGCAAAGAUACCAGACCUAGAGGACUGCGUGUUCGCCUCCGGCAUUGUCAUGCGCGACGAUGGCAAGUGCGACCUGUACAGCGGCGUCGGCGACACCCACGAAGGCCGCAUCACCAUUGACUACCCGUUUGAUGGGUACGGUAGAAUCGUUGGCCAGCUGAGUUUCUAG